GCGGGUCCCGGCCGGGCUGUGGAAAUGGCGGCUGCCGGCGGCGCGUUGUGUGUGGCUCUGCUGGUGCUGACCGACCUGGCGGCGGGCUACAGCUUCCCGGCCAACUACACGAUUCAGUACUGGGCAGGGAGGAUUGAACAAGAACUGGACCGAGUAGUCCGACAAGUCAGCGGGAUUCAGCAGCUCAAAACGCUGUAUGAUGACCACAAACACCUAUUUGAAAUCAAAGAGAACAUUCCUGACAAAUUGGUGAAAAGAGUGGCUGGUGACAUUGAAAAGCUCUUGGACAAGAAGGUGGAGGCUUUGAAGAGACUGGCCAGGGCUGCGGAGCUGUUUCAGAAGGAGCAUCGUUGGCAAGAUGAUAUUAAGGAGCGAGACGUUUUAUACUUUGAUGCAAAAGCAGGAACAUCUGAUGGUGCUGACAGAGAUGAUGAAAGCUCAGACGGGGAACAGACUAAUCCUUUGCAGUUAGAAUUUGUGGACGACCCAAACUUCAAGGUCAAGGUCAACUAUUCAUACAUGGCAGUGCAGAUUCCAACAGACAUCUACAAGGGCUCAACUGUUAUCCUCAAUGAGUUGAACUGGACAGCAGCCCUUGAGGAUGUGUUCAAGCGCAAUCGAGAAGAGGACCCUUCGUUACUCUGGCAGGUCUUCGGAAGUGCCACCGGUGUCACCAGGUAUUAUCCAGCAACUCCAUGGGGCCUUCCUAAUAAGAUUGAUCUAUAUGAUGUACGACGGAGACCCUGGUAUAUCCAAGGUGCCUCCUCCCCAAAGGACAUGAUGAUUAUAGUGGAUGUGAGCGGCAGUGUAAGUGGUCUUACGCUGAAGCUGAUGAAGACAUCUGUUACUGAGAUGUUGGACACACUAUCUGAUGAUGACUAUGUUAAUGUUGCUUCAUUCAAUGAUGAAGCCAAUCCAGUGGCCUGCUUCAAGCAGCUGGUUCAAGCCAAUGUGCGGAACAAGAAGGUUCUGAAGGAUGCUGUACAAAAGAUGAAUGCACAGGGAGUGACAGAUUACAAGUCAGGAUUCCAUUAUGCAUUUGAACAGCUACUCAACACCACCUCCAUUCGAGCAAACUGCAAUAAGAUGAUAAUGAUGUUCACAGAUGGUGGAGAGGAUCGAGCUCAAGAUGUUUUCGAGAAACAUAAUUGGCCCAAUAAGACGGUACGGGUCUUUACCUUCUCAGUUGGACAGCACAACUAUGAUGUCACGCCUCUGCAGUGGAUGGCCUGCACAAAUAAAGGAUAUUACUUUGAAAUCCCCUCCAUUGGUGCAAUUCGGAUCAACACUCAGGAGUAUUUAGAUGUUCUGGGGCGUCCCAUGGUGAUGGCAGGAAAGAAAGCCAAGAAGGUUCAGUGGACCAAUGUCUAUCAGGAUGCUUUGAGCCUUGAGUUGGUGAUCACAGGGACGAUGCCAGUUUUCAACAUCACGGUGGACAAUGGCCAGCAGAACCAGCUGAUGCUUGGAGUGAUGGGGAUCGACGUGGCUCUUGAUGACAUUAAGAAGCUCACACCUCGCUACAACUUAGGUGGCAACGGGUACUUUUUUGCCAUUGAUCCAAAUGGGUAUGUGCUGUUGCACCCCAACCUACAGCCGAAGAUUAUAAACUUUCAGGAGCCGGUAACUCUGGACUUUCUGGAUGCUGAACUGGAGGAUGAAAACAAGGAAUGGAUCCGGAGAAUCAUGAUUGAUAGGAAGAAUGGAAAUAUUACCAUUCGAACUCUGACCAAAUCCCUGGAUGAAAGAUAUAUUGAUGAAGUAGAUAGGACAUACACAUGGACCCCAAUUCAAAGUGCUGAUUACAGCCUGGCUCUGGUAUUGCCACCGUAUAGUAAAUAUUAUAUCCAUGCCAAGCUGGAUGACCAAAUCCUUCAAGCUCAGUUCCAAAACAACAACAAGGAUUUUGAAUCCUUGUUACCCAGCUCCUUUGAGACCGUGGGACAUGUAUUCAUUGCUCCCAGGGAAUACUGCAAGGACCUGGUCAAGUCGGACAACAACACCGAGUUGUUACUCAAUUUCAUCAUGCUGAUGGAUAAGCACACUCCUGACUCCAAGAACUGUGAAUCAGACUUGAUCUAUAAUUUGAUCUUGGAUUCAGGAAUCACUGCCAAGUUAGUCGAGAAAGUCUGGAAGAAUCACGACUUGCACACGCUGGGUCUGCUUGCGGUUUUCGUAGCCACAGAUGGAGGAGUCACGAGAGUAUUUCCAGCCAAGGCUGCUGAAGAUUGGAUUGAAGACCCUGAGCCCUUCAGUGCAAGCUACUACAGGAGAAGCUUAGACAAUACUGGUUUCAUCUUCAGUACACCGUACAGGGAACCUAACACCAUGUUGGGGAUGGACCUGCUGAACAGUAGUAUUGGGAUUCUUGUGAGUGCUGCUGUGGAUCUUCACAUCCAGGGAAAAUCCCUGAAACCUGCAGUGGUUGGAGUGAAGCUGGACUAUGAAGCAUGGCUCUCAAAAUUUAAAAUUCUGGCCAGUAACCAGACAAACAGAGACCAGGUGGAGCCAAGGAAGUGCAUGCCAUCUUCUGACUGUGAGAUGGACUGUGACGUGAACAGUGAGGAUCUGUUGUGUGUGCUGAUUGAUGACGGAGGUUUCCUGAUCAUGUCCAACCAGCCAGAACACUGGAGCCAGAUUGGUAUGUUCUUCAGUGAAGUGGAUCCCAGUUUGAUGAAUGCACUCUACAAUGCUUCAUUCUACACAAGAAAGGAAUCCUAUGACUAUCAGUCUGUGUGUGGUCCCUCUCAUAAUACUGAUACAGGAGCUGCACCCAGAUCCAUCUUUAUUCCUACUGUUUCUGAUUUGCUGAACCUGGCCUGGUGGAGCUCAGCUGCUGCCUGGUCUUUAUUGCAACAGCUGUUGUACACAUUCACCUUCCAGCUCAGCUUCCAAACAGAUGAUACAUUAGCGGACAGUGCUGAACUGAGGGAGACAAGCUGCGUCACCAAGCAGACACAAUACUACUUUGGCAACAACAGUAGAUCCUACAGCAAUUUAAUUGAUUGCAGCAACUGCUCCAGGUUUUACCAUGCACAGAGAUUGGCCAACACCAACUUGCUGUUUGUGGUGGCAGAGAAGCUGACCUGUAGUCAGUGUGACAAAACCAAACUGAUACAGGCUGAAGUAAGAUCUGAUGGACCAGAUCAAUGUGAAGAGGUGUUGAACCCUCGGUAUCGGAAAGGACCAGAAGACUGUUUUGAUUACAACGCAGCAGAAAAUACCUCGGACUGUGGUGGUGGAACCAUGUUGAUCCCCUCGUCCUGCACCUUGCUGGCUUUGCAACUGUUUCUCCUGUCUUGGACUACCAACCUCAACCAUUUUCCCUUGGCCUGCGGCCUUUGAUUUGGGACCUUCCUGUAACCAGAUAUCAGCUGUGUGGUUCUCAUGGCUGAGGACUUCCCUCCCCCGGAAGCCUAAUUCUUCAUUCCAGUCUCACAUCUCCGUGUUGUCGUGUGGUGGAGCUGCAAACUGUGUGUGUGUGUGGAGCUGGUCUAUUGUGGUCGUUUGGACAACCAAUAUUUUCCUGGCAAGAUAACUUGUGGGGAAAGCAGGAUUUCAUGGAUCUACUUCGUGGAAGACCCUUUACAUGAAUAAGAAGAUGGGAAACGCAAGAGGAGCCCUUUUGUCACCUUGUGUUGGCCUCACUGCUUUCCUGACCUUCUCUUUACUUUUAAUAGGAGAUCUUGGCAGUUUCAGUGUUACUGGAUAUCGUUACAUCCAUUGGUAUAUUCUGCUUUUAUCUGCUUUUGACAGGUUGCAUUUAUUUAUGCACUACUUAGUUUUGCCAAAUGAGAUGACUUUGAAGGAAAGCUGAAGUUACAGGACCGUUCUCCAACAAAGGUGGCUAUAGUUGUAACAUUAUGACAUCAGCAAUCAGGAGCAUGUUUUCCAUUGUCAUCUUCCAGUUGCCAGAAUCAUUUUUAUACCACAGCUUCCACUUUUUAUUCAGGGAGAUCGCUGUCCUCAGUAGUUAAAUAUGUACCUCAUAAGUUCUUUUAAACUCAUCCUAAAUGUUCUUUCAUCCAAGCACAGGGGCUGCUGCCAGGCAAGUGCCCUGUCAGAGGUUCAGGUUCUCCAGCUGUUGUUCACAUUCCAGCUGUUGCUUGCAUUCCGGCUGUAACUGUGGAACAGUGUGCAGGCACAGGUCACAGGCAACUUUAGAGAAUUUCAAAUUAAAUGAGUUAAGUGUGAAAAGUUUUUUUUGCACAGUAACUGAGGAGACGAGCAGAGGAGUGAUUUUUCACUAAUAGAUGAGGAGCCUUGUUCUAACCUCCCCAUUCUACCAUGUGCUACUUAUAGAUAAUUGUAAGUGACCUUGGUGAUUGAGAGUGUGCAAACUAUAUGUUAGUUCAGGUUGGUUGAGCGUGUUGUCAAGUCCCUUACAAGAUGUUCCUUGAGAGAAAGGAUGUGUUUUAUGUUAUUUGUAAGCUGAGUAAGUAUUGCCUACAGACAGGGCUCAUUAUUUGUGCAUCUGUUCCUUAAGGAAGGUCAACACUUUGAAAGAAUAAUGUCCAAGAAAUUGUUGAACAAAAGUCAGUAAGUGUAGCAUUUAUUGGACAUGUUUAAGUGCUGUGAUAUUGUUACACUAUAGACACUCUAGGUGGCUAUAGUGAGUGAAUUUCCAACACCUGUUAGAUAUCAAACCUCCCUAUAAAAAACACUUUGGGAUUUUUAAAUCUCUACCAUCAGCAGAGGACAUUACUCUUUAGGUAUGUUACUUAUACAUGGUGGUUCACUCACAAAAUAAAC